GGACGUACCAGCUACAGAGUGUGAAUAAACUGGACAUUGCUUUCCCAAUUGGUCAUUAUAAUCGGAUAAUCCAAUUGGCCGUUAACAUAUAAUAAAGUUAUCCAGUAAUACCUUUAUUAUAGGCCACGAAUGUGGAGAUAAAAAAAAAUAUUAGCUGGAAAUUUAAGUCUCAAUAAUUUAAUAUUUCCCUAAAAGGAUUUACCAGAAGUCGUAUUGUAGAAAUAAGAGUAUUUACAUUAAAUUGUUUGGAGCGGAGUUUUAUUCUGACUGCACGAAAUGUCGGAAAAACACGGUCUGGAGGACACCAAUCGCCCCAUGUCCCAACCCAUGCAGCAAAUUCAGCCCCCUCCAUACCUCCCCUCCCAGGAACUUAACAUGGGCCAACAACACUCCAACAUGCAACACUCCAACAUGCAACAUUCCAACAUGCAACACUCCAACAUGCAGCACCCCAGCAUGGCCCCUCAGACCGGCUGUGGCCCCCAGCCCAACUACCCCCCUCCACCCCCGCCCCCUGGCUCCGAUGGCUACCAGGAGACCCAGUUCCACAAUGGCUCCUACGGACACCCAGGGGCCCCACAGGGCUACACAGUCCAGACCCAGGGCCCGGGAGGGGGUGUCCCACAUGCCCCUGUGGGUUACUUUCAACCAGGAUACCCUCUCCAGCUGCAACCCUGCACAGCCUAUGUUCCUGUCUACCCCGUGGCAUCGGGGCAGCCCUACCAGGGGAUGCCCCAGGGCCAGAUGGGCAUGCAGAUGCCCCAUGGCAUCGCCCUGAUGGAGCCACGGCGCCCGCCUCACGACUACCUGCCAAUCGCUGUGCUCACCACCGUUUGCUGCUUCUGGCCAACAGGAAUCAUAGCCAUCAUCAAGGCAGUACAGGUGCGUACGGCGGUGGCCAGGGGGGACAUGGUGAUGGCAGAGAUAGCGUCCCGCGAGGCGCGUAACUUCUCCUUCAUCAGCCUGGCAGUGGGCAUUGCCUCCAUCGUUCUGUGUACCAUCCUCACCGUGGUAGUCAUCAUUGCCUCCCAACACCAUGACGACGACUGGGAACCCUAAUACAUAACCCAGUGUGGCAUCAUGGGAUAUGUAGUUUUGGGUGGAGAUAGAAGAAUAAGGGCACUGAAAUGCACACUCUGAUACUGGUAUGUUAUAUUGGAGGUAUAUAUGUGUAUAUAUGCACCCUGUGUACUGUAUAUACAGUUCUGACUACUAACAGGCUGAGAAACAAUCACAGCUAAUAUUCAAAUGCCAAAACAAAUAGGUGCCCAUUAUGGGCCAGUAUUACUUACCACUGUAACCAUUUAUAUUCAGAUAUAAUAGUACUCCAUAGCGCAUAUGGGGGAAAACAGAGUACAUACACAGAGGAAUUGAAUGUCAAUUCCACCACUUUUCAACCUAAUUUUCAUGAUCUCCUGCACGAUACUAGUGUCAUCAAAAGUUACAACAUUGAAACAGUGAUUUUCAAACACUAUCAGAUCCUCAGUGAUGCGGGGAGUAAGAAAAUAUUCUCCAUCUGGCUAGAAACUCAUUGCAGUUUACUUUUAAUCCUAGCUUGUGAUGUCACAGAAAAGCUUCUUUUUUUUUUAGGACUAUUCUAUUUUUUUUUUUUAACCACAGAUCAUAGAACCGCAGUAUUUUCACAUAUAUAGAUAGACACUGGUAUGACAAUGGAAAUAAUGAAAAUUAGAUUGAAAAGUGGUGGAAUUGCCUUUUAACUAUGAAUUAUUUAUGGGUGACUUAUUCAUUUUUGGUCCCACUCAAAUCUAGGAAGACCAAAACAUGGGUCACACUGUAUCACCAACUGCCAAAUAGAUCACAAAUCAUAACUGAAAUGACUUCCCUAUAUAAAUUAGUAUUUUAUGAAGAGAUUGUUUUGAAUGACUUCAAAAAUAAAUACUUUUAUUCAAUUGUG